CACACGUCCGUUGCUUCCCUCCACGCCUUUUCACCUCAGAAAUACCCGCCCUUCCAUAGCACCUCUCAUAAGAGAAAGGAGUCAUAUUCAAGUAACUCGGGACUACGGAACUAGAAGUUUAGAGUAACUUCACCAGUCACGUGAGGCGCAGCCUUUUGCAGGGAGGCGCUACUUGCGCGGCAGACGCGCAGUCCCAGCGGAAGCAUACGCGAGGCCGAGGCGCGUACGUGCAGAAGACCCUCCCGCGGUCGCCGGACCCUCGCGCUGCAAUGCCUCCGCUGACCGCCACUGUCCUUCACGUGCUCUAACGGGCCCGGAACUUCCCGUGUCCGCUUGAGGGCGUCGACCGGAAGCCAGUCCGGUGCCGCACCGGGUCCCCCGUCGCUACUUCCGGCCGGGCCGACUUUCCCUCGCAAUCGGCUUUUCGUUCCAAAGAGAGGAAGCGGAUGGCGGCGUUGUGCAACGUGGUGGCAUGUCUGGCGCUCUGGGCCAUGGCCACGGCGCCGCCGCCGCCGCCGCUGUCCACCGCGACCACGGCGUCGUCGGCAGGCCGCAAAGGCCAGGACAAGGCGCAGGAGCACCCCGCCGCCGCCGGCGGGCCUAGCCCCACCACGGCGUUCGCGGCGCCCUCCGGGCUGGGGCUGCCGGCGCUCCACCGCGCGCUCUACGUCAUCGCCGGCGUGGCGGGCCUCGGCCUCGUGUACUACCUCGGCAGACAUGCUCUGAGGACUAGAAAACCUCCGCGGAAAAAGUAUGGCCUUCUCUCCAACUCUGAUGAUCAUAUGGAAAUGGGCUCUCUGGAGAGUGAUGAAGAUACGGUCUUCGAAACGAGGAAUCUGAGACGGUGAUAAUGGGACCAAUAUCACGGCUGGAGAAGGAGCAGAGCCACCAUCAGAAGCUCCCUUUCUCAACUCGGUGUUCUUUCUGCAAAGACCAAAAACCCUAUUCUAUAGAUUUCUUUCCCCUGAAGCUUCUUGCAUUGCUGUUUGGCAGCGCAAACCUUUCUCUUGAGGCUGUGGGAGAGGAGAGCUGGCAUCCCCUCUCGCCUCUCAACUGACAGGAUGAAUGUAAUUGGUCGCACAUCGAAUCACAAAGAAAAUGAGGGAAUCUGGGGGGUCAGAUGGGUUGGGCUGCCUUCAUACAAUCCGAACCACUGUGGAACAAGAGGCCAAGGUAUGGAGCCUGCAGCUGUGAGGUCCAGCAGUGGCCAUUUCUGAGCUGGUGCCAUCUGCUGUUUCUUUGAAUGGGAUUUUUAUUUUUAAGGAGGUGGGAUGAUAGAUGAAGUCCUCCUGGCUGGCCUCUUCUGGAACUUGACAUGGACUUGCUUUUUCCGAGCUGUGGUAGCAGCGCCUUUAAGCUGCUGCAAGUCUGUUGUAAAUGUUCUUGAAAUGGGCCGCAUGCUGGGCAACACUGAAGGAAAAAUCCACCCAGGGAGCAGGUUGCUUGGGUAUCUGGCAAUUUCUGAAAGUUUUCCCCCCGCCUUUAUUGGUUGAUCUCAUCUCAGGUUCGGCCUCAGUCUGCUGAAAUUAGUAGUAGUAGGCUUAAUCCUCUGGGAUAUUGAGCAGCUUGUCUCCCCAAGGGUGGGACACAAUGCCACGAAGAAUUGCUGAGCAAUUGGAGAAACAUGUUUACAUAGAAAGGGUGAUACUGAAUUUUAUGGGUGGUUGUAGUGAAAAAAAGGAAUUCUGCUAGAACUCUGCCUGCAUCAUAGCACAUUGUAAUACCACAUCACGGUUUAAGGGGUGUUGCAGACAGGUUGGUAUUAAGGUACUUUUAAUUAAAGGCUUGGCACUUUGCCUUUCAUCCUGGAUCAACUGAAGAAGUUGAUCUAGAUUAACAGUGUUUCCCUCUUAAUAUCUGCAGCUCCUGCCUGUUUUGUGCCAUGGCGUGCUGCAAACAGCUGGUUUUAAAACCGUUUUUGAAUUUUCUGGAUGGGAUAAACUUGGAUGAAACUUUAUCCGCUACCAGAUCUUUGACCAAUGAAGCAACAGUUGUGUCUGUGUUAAAUUCUCUCCCUGCCUGCCUGCCUGCCUGCCCUUGGGACUCAAGAAGGAAGCAGGAUUUGAGUAACAGAAUGGUGUGGUUGACAUGCAUACUGGGGUGGUUGUGUGGGAUGGGUCACUUUUAAAUAAUUCCAGGAAGGUAUUCUGCAGAUUACAAAUACAAGGCAACACAUUUUAAUCCUGGUAAGUUGAGAGAACAGUUGUUUUCUGAAACUGAUGUGAUGUGAAGCCCUUUUUUAAUUUGGAGAAAAAAUAUCUCACAAAUGUUUAACAAUAAUAAACAUUCCAGCAUUC